AUAUAUAUAUAUAUAUAUGUAUACAUAUAUAGACCAUAGUAUUCCCAUUGUGUUUGAGAAAUUAAACAAAUGUUCACCAUAAUUAUCUCCUUGUAUUAUCUCAUGGCAGUGUUUUCCUGUCAUUCGUCAACUAAUAAUGGAAGCAUUGUCAACUAUAUUUACAAUGGCAGUACAGGUUAUUAUCUUGUUCAUGUAGGCUUUACAAAUAAGUUUUGUGAAGCCAACACUAUGUGUUCAUCUUAUGGAAAAACUAUGGGACAACAAGCAUCUCUUAUUGGUAUAGAAUAUUUAAAAUUAAAAGAAUAUUUCACUAAUAUAUCAAUUUCAUUUUGGACACGUCUUAAUCAAAUUGAUCUAGUGAAUUUAAAUAAGUUUGAUUAUGUAGAUGCAAGUAUUUAUUGGAUGGAUGGUAUUUCAUUGAAAUCGUUUAAAAUGGAAAAGUUUAAGUCAGAUUUAAAUAUAUUUCUCAAUCCAAAUAAUUUGAAGUCUUAUAGUGGAAAAAAUGUACUCUAUUAUAAUUCUCAGAAGAAAUCUUUACAAACAACUUGUGCAACACGUGAGCAUGAAAUUGGGGUAAUCUGCGAAAUUGUCACUAAUUCAAGUGAAAAACAGGAAGAGUUUAUACAGAUAAAAAAAUUCAGAAAGUAUCUUAUUAAAAGUGGUGUACAGUACCUUUCACCUAGUCCACCUUUCGAUGGAUGUUAUCGAUCUGAUUCUAGCUCUAGUGAAACAGAUUGUAUGCACAGAUGUGCUGUUGAUGUCGAUUGUCUUGCGUUUUUCCAUAACAGCGUCGAGAAGUCGUGUAUUCUUAAACAUUUCACCGGGUUUCAAUUACCUCAUCAUUUGGAAACAGGAAAAGGAGAAUGGACAGGCUAUAAACUAACUUCAAAAUGA